AUGUCUGGUGUUUUUCUUUUAAAGUUUUUGGUUCAACGCUUCUCUUGCAUUUUGACGUUUCUUUCUUUCUUUUUUUCUUUCUUGUUUGCCUUUCAUUUUCAUACUUUCCUUCCUCUUGCAUUUCUAUCUGUCUUCUGUUAUUUUCUUUUUGCCGUCAUUUCUUCCUUUAUUUUUAGUCUUAGUUUUUCUUUUCUUUUUCUUUUUAGUUUUUCAUUAAUUUUUUAUUUCAUUUCAAAUCUUUCUUUUUGCAUUUCUUUCUUUCUUUCUUUUCGCUCACUUUCAUUUAUCUUACUUCAGCUUUCUUCUUUUUUUCUGUCAUUUUUAUUUUCUUUCGGAAUUUUCUUGUUUUCUUUCUCUAUAAAAAAAUUCCUUUUCUUUUAUUCUUUUAACUUCUUUCCUUUCUUUUUGCCUUUUUUUUUCGUUCGCUUUCUUUCUUUUUUAUGCUUUCUUUCAUUUAAAAUUUUCUUUCAUUCUGCCAUUUUUUCUUUCUUUUUAUCCCCGUUGGUUUUUAUUUCUUUCUGUUUUUUUCAUUCCGUCUUAUUCCUUUUUUUCUUAUUUUCUUUUUUGCCUUAUUCUCUUUUUCAGUUUUUAAGUUUCUUUUUUCUUUCAUUUUUACUUUCCUUCUUUUCCUGUCUUUGUGUAUAUUUCUUUCUUUUUCUUUUCUGUCUUCCUUUUUCUUUCUUUCAUUUUUUUUUUAUUUUCAUACGUUCUUUCUUUCAUUUUUUUUCUUUCUUUUCUUUUAUUCUGCCCUUUUUUCUUUUGUUCCUAAAUUAUUGUUUUUCUUUCUUUUUUAUUUAUUUUUCAAAUUUGCAUUUUACGUUCCUUUCUUUCUUUCUUUCUUUCACUACCCAUCUUCAGUCAAUCAUCUUUUUCUUUCCUCCUGCUUUUUUCUUAUCGUCUGCUUCCAACCCACUCUGUAUCAUCGUUUUAUUCCAUCGCCUUCUCUUACAUAUAUCUCCCUCUCUCUUUGUUCUCUCGUUUCUUCCAUUUUCCCUCUCGUGCUCGCUUUCGCCGUUCCAUUUUUCUUCUUUUCGUUUUUUAAGGUUUAUUCAUUCCAUCGUUUUUUUUUAUUCAUUCUUUGUAGCAUAG